AAACGAGUGGCAUGAACAAGCGAUUUCUAAGAAGCUACGACAUGGACGAUUUGGACAAGGAGGGCGACGAGGAGAGGAUGAUUAACCCUUUCAGAAAUGCGAAGCCGAUCACGCCCCAAAAACUCGACGACCUCCUGGUGAAGGAAAAGAUAGAGUUCGAUGAAAAAAACAUCGAAACGCUCUUCAAUCAAGCGAAAGACGGGAAAAUCGACGGGUGGCUUGACGAUGCAGCACUAAAAAUACUGGACCCAACUCAGAAGCAGAACAUAGCGCUGAUGCGGGAGAAUUUCAAUCGUUUGAAAGGCAUGGGAGUCACUAUUCAAAAGGUGGAGAAACUCAAGGCUAACAAACGCUACACAGCCCUCAUCUAUCGCUACCAGAACAUGCUCAACUUGUACAUUAGUCACCUACAGGCUGUAGCCCGCAACGCCUCGUAGGCGAUACAUGUUUUCGGGUUAAGGGUCAUAAAUACACCCUCACUCUAGCCCAAAGGUGAGCAC